AGAAGCCAACUAAGCGUUUGUUCAGAGCCACCUGCAGCCAUACACCAACUAUCCGGUCAAUCGAGCUUGGAACCUUGUUUCCCUGAAGAGAACAUCGAUAAUACAGAUGAAAAAUCGCCUGGCAGCGUCAAUGGCGUAGCGUUAUCACCGGAUGCGCUUAACGUUGCCAUACAAACUGUUUCGAUGACAUCUGUACACCAAGUAGAGGAUUGUGCGUCGCCGCCGCCACCUCUGCCCAAAAAAUUGAAUAGCAUCCUAAAGAAGGCACGUCCCGAAACGCUUUCGCUCGCAUCAUCCAGCGUGAAACCCACUGUAGCAAGUGAGUUGAAUAAAUCGCUCUGCCGCAGCAAUUCUUCGCGCACAUUCUAUCGACCAAAGUCCCAACUGCCUAACGAAUCAGACGAUAGUAUCUUCUUUAUACGUUCGUCAAGUGAGCGACAAAGUAUCGAUAGUAAUGACCUAUACGAUUCUGUGCAGGUAAUAAACGAAAGGCGAACAACGCUGUUGCGUACAGAGAGCGAAGCAGCGCUAAGCAGUAGUGUGCAAAAAGCAGGAAGCUUCUCGCUUUUAACUGAAAUACCCGAGCGCGCGCAAAACAAUUCGAUAGAUGUGGAAGGUUGUAGUACAACUACCGGCGUUAAUGACGCAACGAUGACGGCACAAAAAGAAAUCACCGUGGAAAUUGAGCCUGAGGAAACAUCACUACCGUUAAAUCAAAAGCAGGAAUCACAAUGUGAACCAAAGAGUACAUAAAUCGAAUGUAAUGUAUGUAUGUAUACAGAGGAUACAAAUAGCAAAUAAUAACUUAUUUAUGUAUAUGUAUGUAAUGUAUGUAAUGUAGAAGCCCUUAGCGAUAGGCACGUUUUAUACCAAAAGUUCAGAAAACAUAGGCAAGUACAUACUAUUUACUAGCGUUGGUAUACAUAUACUUUGUUAUAACUAGGAAUGAAACUUCAAUUAAAUCAGUUAGUGAAUUACGAUUAACAAGUGUAUUUAUUAACAAAUUCAAACAAUUGUUUCAAAUUAGGAUAAAGUUACAUACACUCCCAUGCACUUGAAUAGGGACAAUGCUUUUUCUUGCGCUUCUUUCUGGGUUAUUUUUCUUUUAUUUAA